UUGGCUAAACAUUGUGUGUGCAUCUCAUUUUCAGGAUGUGUUGUUCCUGGUGCGGGUGCGUUCGAAAUUGUUGCUCACCGUGAGCUUUCGAAAUUUACACACGAAGUGAAGGGACGAGCACGCCUUGGUGUACAAGCUUUUGCUGACGCGUUGCUUGUUAUUCCGAAGGUUCUAGCGAUGAAUGCCGGUCACGAUGUGCAGGAUACCAUGGUAAAACUGCUCGAGGAAUCCGCUCGCGUCGAAAAGCGCACCGGAGGAAACCCACCCAACGAAAUGGUUGGGAUCGAUCUCGUUACGGGCGACGCUCUGGUACCCGCUCAGGUUGGCAUUUAUGACAAUUACAUUGUCAAGAAGCAAAUUAUCAGCUCAUGUGCGGUCAUCGCAUCGAAUAUUCUGCUUGUGGAUGAAAUCAUGCGCGCUGGAUUGAGCUCGUUGAAAGGAUGA